GGACUUCCGAGCGUAGGCGGAUAUCCGAAACAAACUUCUCUGAAGCAACCUAAAAGCUAAUAAGUAACUAAAACAAAUUUAAUUAUAAAACAAUACUAAACACUUUGAGGUGCUCAACUCGACAUGAGAAUACUCUGUCUUCACGGCGACAGCCAAAAUGAAAAUAUCUUGAAAUCUGAAUUGGCUGCUUUGUUAUCGAGAUUGCAAAAUUCAACCCCAAACUUGUCAUUCGAGUUUGUCAACGGCCCUUUGCAAUACUCAAACUUGCUGGUGAAAGACCCACCACCCCCUGAAUCUCACGGCUACAAAUUCUACGACGCCGAGGAAGUUAAAGAUAUCCGCAAGGCUGGCGAAUGGCUAGCUGCGAUAUUAGACCGUGAUGGGCCUUACGAUGGCGUCCUGGCAGUAUCUCAAGGAGCUGCUGCUGUGUCUAGCUUCCUCUUGUAUCGACAGUGGUAUGAGCAUGAGCUACCACCUGCUUUCAGAUUUGCCAUUUUCAUCAACGGAAGCAUUCCGCUCAAGGUUUUGAAAGAUCUCGGAGUGCCUGUCUCAAACGAAGCGGAAAUGGUAGUAGCGGAAGCAAAUCUGCAAAGAGACCAAGCACUCGGUCCCUUGCCCGCUCAUACGAGUAAGGCGCGGCGAGCGGUAUUUAACUCGGAUGACUGCUUCGGGUUAAAUCUGAACAGGAUCCCUCUGGAGUUGAAGAUAAGAAUACCGACUGUACACGUAUGGGGCGAGAAUGACCCCCUUUUCCCGGCUUCGGUUCAACUCACGGGGCUCUGCGACCCAUAUAUCAGAAAGAUACAAAUGCACAAGGGGUCUCACGAAGUACCUCGCGACGAGGAAGGAUUGUCCGAGUUGGUAUCACUGAUUGACUGGUGCAUCCAGCGUGCGACGUGGCCUGGUCAAAUGCAACUAUAGGGUUUUUAUCGAUCAAGGCUAGAAUAAAAAC